AUGGCCGAUUUGGACACCUACGACGCUGACCAGCGCACCUACGAAGGUACUCACGGCCGAGACUACCCUCCUCGUGAGCGCUCCCGCUCGCCGGGCCCAGAUAGAGACCGCGAUGGCGAUAUUCGUGUUCGCGACGAGCCUCAGAAUGGCCGAGCUGAUCGGUUCCGCAGUGGCCCACCACGCAAGGGCGGCGACGACGAUGACGAGCCCGGCGCGACUAACCCAGGAUCCAACCUCUUCGUCACCGGUAUCCACCCGCGAUUGAGCGAAGAAGAAGUUUCGCGCCUCUUCGAGAAGUAUGGUCAGGUGGAGAAGUGCAACAUCAUGAAGGACCCACACACUCGGGAGAGCCGUGGCUUCGGCUUCGUCAAGAUGGUCACCUCCGAUGAGGCUGACGCUGCCAAAGAGGCGUUGCAAGGCGAGGUCUACGAAGGCCGCACUCUGAGCAUUGAGAAGGCCCGUCGUGCUCGUCCUCGCACGCCCACGCCGGGCAAAUACUUUGGACCGCCAAAGCGCGGUAAGUCCUAG